GCGAUGGGGGCUGACGGAGGGGAACAGGGACCGGCCAUGGAAGGCCAUUCGCUGGAAGCACUGACACUUGGGUUUGGGAGAAAYGGUWUAACAAGGGCCCAAACCAAUUCAUCGCACUAAGUGGGGUUGGUAUGCAAGGAACGGUGCAUGUCGGUGGCAACGGAAGCUUGCAUUCGCAAGGGACUGCCRUCGGCGAUUCAGGAGGUCAAAGACCCGUCACUCUAGCGGCAACAUUGGUGUCCACAGUUUCACGCGCCGACAGAGCACCUCUCCAGCGCGCACAAGCUUGUCUCGUCGAUCCAUCUAACACCGUCCCUKGUUCAUYCGGCAGGGUACUUCCAUUGGCAAACCUGGGAAGCGCAGUUGUCCACGGGGCCGCCAACACCGAGGGGGAGAGGCGAGAAGAGGGGAUGCGCGAGGAGGCGGGAAGAAAAGAGGAGRCGAUGGAUCGUACUACAUGGRUUGACGACGAUGAUGAUGAGCCUCUCAUGAAGAGGAAGAAAARAUUGCGGCAGGAGGAGGACUUAGACGCAAAGUCCAAGCUGUGGACAAACGAAAAUACUUUCUGGGCAACUGGAUCUGGUCGCCUCAUUGCCGACGCUGCGCACUUUUGCACAAACUACUACUGCGCAAUCGUCAAUGGCGACGUUGGCGCCAUCGCUCGCCCAGGCCGGGACCUGUCGCCGAUGAAAGGAAGGACGAUGGAGACGAUGGUGAUGGAGGGUCGUGAGAGUUGUCGUAGUGGCAGUCCUACGCCUCCUCACCUUGUAUGCGUGUGGAGCGAAAACUCCCCUGGUUGAUGGCGUCCAGUCCGUCGUCCUUCGGGGGGGGGGGGGGGGGGGGGGGGGCGGGAAAGAAAGAGGGGGUGAGGGAAAGGAAAGGGGAGGGGGGGGGAGGUCGAGGGGAUGCCACGUUCGUCCGACGGGACUUUGUUUGUAGACAGGCGCUAUGUUGGCGUGGCCGGUUGCUGGUGUAGUCGGUUCGACGUAGCUAUUCAUGUGCCGCAUGCACUUUAAAUGAAAGUCAUUAUGAGAA